UUUUAUCCAAGCAGUCCUUUGCAUAACUGCCCAGCGCCUGCAAUGACCUGAGUCAGUCAUGCAAAGAGACUUUCUUAUGCUUACACCAACAUUUUCUUUCCGUGUUCAUUUUCUGCUGCUCCUAACCCACGGGUUAUGACUGUUGUGAUGGUGGAGGCGGCACUUUGCAAUCUUUUUAGUUAAGAUCUAGAGUUUGUUUGAAAGCAAGGCUGAAAAAUCCACAGACGGGAUUUCUCCACAAGAUUGCUGUCAUGGGUGCAGCUGGGAUACCUGUCUCUUCAGGAGGGUGGGGAGAAGUGAGGUCUAUUGAUUCCGAAGAGGAAACAAUCCAGGCCCGACGAGCAGGUGCUGGUGACUUGGAUUAUUACUGGUUGGAUCCUGCCACGUGGCAUAGUCGGGAAACAUCACCGAUUAGUUCGCAUCCUGUAACGUGGCAACCAUCUAAAGAGGGAGACCGAUUAAUUGGACGUGUUGUUCUUAACAAGAGAACAACUAUGCCCAAAGAAUCAGGUGCAUUACUGGGUCUGAAAGUUGUUGGAGGAAAAAUGACUGACUUAGGACGCCUUGGUGCCUUCAUCACCAAAGUAAAGAAGGGUAGCCUUGCAGAUGUAGUUGGACAUUUAAGAGCAGGGGAUGAAGUUCUAGAAUGGAAUGGUAAACCCCUGCCGGGAGCUACAAAUGAAGAAGUUUACAACAUUAUUUUAGAAUCAAAAUCAGAACCUCAAGUUGAAAUUAUUGUUUCAAGGCCUAUUGGUGACAUUCCAAGGAUUCCUGAGAGCUCCCACCCUCCCUUGGAAUCCAGUUCAAGUUCUUUUGAAUCUCAGAAGAUGGAAAGGCCUUCCAUUUCUGUUAUUUCUCCAACAAGUCCUGGAGCUCUAAAAGAUGCCCCGCAAGUCUUACCAGGACAACUUUCUGUGAAACUGUGGUAUGAUAAAGUGGGACACCAGCUGAUUGUAAAUGUUCUGCAAGCAACAGAUCUACCUUCCAGGGUAGAUGGGCGGCCCAGGAAUCCCUAUGUAAAAAUGUAUUUUCUUCCAGAUAGAAGUGAUAAAAGUAAGAGGAGGACCAAAACCGUAAAGAAAGUACUAGAACCAAAAUGGAAUCAAACUUUUGUCUAUUCACAUGUACAUCGUAGAGAUUUUAGAGAACGAAUGUUAGAAAUAACUGUGUGGGAUCAACCAAGAGUGCAAGAAGAAGAGAGCGAAUUUCUCGGAGAGAUCCUCAUAGAAUUGGAGACAGCACUUUUAGACGAUGAACCACAUUGGUAUAAACUGCAGACACAUGAUGAAUCUUCACUACCUCUGCCUCAGCCAUCACCUUAUCCAAGGCGACACAUUCAUGGAGAAAGCUCCAGCAAAAAACUACAAAGAUCUCAGCGAAUCAGUGAUAGUGACAUCUCAGAUUAUGAGGUGGAUGAUGGUAUUGGAGUAGUGCCUCCAGUAGGUUAUAGGUCUAGUGCUAGAGAAAGUAAAUCUACAACAUUAACUGUGCCAGAACAGCAAAGAACAACUCAUCACCGCUCACGCUCAGUAUCUCCUCAUCGCGGCGAUGAUCAGGGAAGGCCGCGUUCACGUUUACCAAAUGUGCCAUUACAGAGGAGUUUAGAUGAAAUUCAUCCAACAAGAAGGUCACGUUCUCCAACCAGACACCAUGAUGCCUCUAGAAGUCCAGUUGAUCACAGAUCCAGAGAUGUGGAUAGUCAGUAUUUAUCUGAACAAGACAGUGAGCUUCUUAUGCUGCCCAGAGCAAAACGAGGACGAAGUGCAGAAUGCCUACAUACUACCAGUGAACUGCAGCCCUCCCUUGACAGGGCUAGGAGUGCUAGUACCAACUGCUUGAGACCAGAUACUAGUUUGCAUUCACCAGAACGAGAAAGGGGUAGAUGGUCCCCCUCCCUAGAUAGGAGACGACCUCCUAGUCCCAGGAUUCAAAUCCAGCAUGCUUCUCCGGAGAAUGACAGGCACUCCAGAAAAUCUGAAAGAUCUAGCAUCCAAAAACAGACUAGGAAAGGCAUUGCUUCUGAUGCAGAAAGGACACACAGACAAGGAAGUCCAUCCCACUCUCCUCCCGCGGACACUUCCUUCAGCAGCCGGAGGGGCAGACAGCUCCCACAAGUGCCAGUGAGAAGCGGCAGUAUAGAACAAGCAAGCUUAGUAGUGGAGGAGCGAACAAGACAGAUGAAAAUGAAAGUGCAUCGAUUUAAGCAGACAACAGGGUCUGGUUCUAGUCAAGAACUUGAUCGCGAGCAAUAUUCCAAGUAUAGCAUACAUAAAGAUCAGUACAGAAGCUGUGAUAACGUCUCUGCCAAAUCAUCAGAUAGUGAUGUCAGUGAUGUGUCCGCCAUUUCCAGAACCAGCAGUGCCUCUCGCCUCAGCAGCACAAGCUUUAUGUCAGAGCAGUCUGAGCGCCCCAGGGGUAGAAUCAGUUCAUUUACCCCUAAAAUGCAAGGCAGACGGAUGGGGACUUCAGGAAGAGCCAUCACGAAGAGCACCAGUGUGAGUGGAGAGAUGUACACACUGGAGCAUAAUGAUGGCAGCCAGUCGGACACAGCCGUGGGGACAGUAGGAGCAGGUGGGAAGAAACGGAGGUCCAGCCUGAGCGCCAAGGUGGUCGCCAUAGUGUCUCGACGGAGUAGAAGCACAUCCCAACUAAGCCAAACAGAGUCGGGCCACAAGAAGUUAAAAAGCACCAUCCAGAGAAGCACAGAAACGGGAAUGGCAGCCGAAAUGAGGAAGAUGGUCAGACAACCAAGUCGAGAGUCUACGGAUGGCAGCAUCAACAGUUACAGCUCCGAGGGGAACUUAAUAUUUCCUGGAGUGAGACUAGGAGCGGACAGUCAAUUUAGUGAUUUUCUCGAUGGGCUGGGACCAGCCCAGCUUGUUGGCCGCCAAACCCUCGCCACCCCUGCAAUGGGCGAUAUACAAAUUGGAAUGGAGGAUAAAAAGGGCCAAUUAGAAGUUGAAGUGAUUAGAGCACGAAGCCUCACGCAAAAACCUGGCUCCAAAUCUACACCUGCUCCAUAUGUCAAGGUAUAUCUUUUGGAAAACGGGGCCUGUAUAGCCAAGAAGAAGACAAGAAUUGCACGGAAAACCCUUGAUCCUUUGUAUCAACAGUCCCUGGUGUUUGAUGAAAGUCCACAGGGUAAAGUUCUUCAGGUGAUCGUCUGGGGUGACUAUGGAAGAAUGGACCAUAAAUGCUUUAUGGGGGUGGCCCAGAUCUUAUUGGAAGAACUUGAUCUGUCCAGUAUGGUAAUCGGAUGGUACAAAUUGUUCCCACCGUCAUCGUUGGUGGAUCCCACACUCACGCCCCUAACCCGCCGGGCUUCCCAAUCAUCUCUGGAAAGUUCAACUGGGCCUCCCUGCAUUCGAUCGUAGUG